AUGCCUUCUAUCAGACUCUUUUCUCUUCUUCUCACCGCCAUAGGCUCAGUUAUCGCCUCUCCUCUCAGCGCUCGGGCAGUCGUUGUUACAGUGGCUGAAACCUCUGUCACAGGUUUACCGUCUGCAACUCCAUAUCAAUGGUCUCCUGGCGCUGUCACUGAUAUUCCCAUCCAUUCAUCCUGCAAUGCCACCGAACGUACACAACUUCGCCGGGCACUGAAUGAGGCAGUCAAGCUUGCCUCACAUGCCAGAGAACAUAUUCUCAGAUCAGGCAAUCAGUCCCCCUACUACAUUAAGUACUUUGGCAAUGCAUCAACUGCUGAGCCUAUCGGCUGGUACUCUCGUGUCGUGUCCGCAGAUCGCGGAAACAUGACUUUUCGUUGUGAUGAUCCAGACCAAAAUUGUGCUACUCAAGCUGGUUGGGCCGGCCACUGGCGUGGAGCCAAUGCAACCCAAGAAACCGUCAUCUGCCCUCUCUCCUACCUCAAUAGACUCCCUCUCGAAACAAUGUGCGGGCGUGGCUAUACUGUUGCUACCUCUCCGCCGAAUACUUACUUUGCUGUCGACCUGCUGCACCGGCUCUUCCACGUCCCGCAGAUCAGCGAGGAUACCGUCACUCAAAGAGACCCCUACAAGUCAACGAGGGACAGCGACGCCUUACAACUUUUUGCCAUUGAUGUUUAUGCGUAUGAUAUUGCGGUGCCGGGCACCGGGUGUUCUGGGGAUGAUGUGGCGAAGAGUAUUGCCAGCUCUAUGUCGGCAGCUCUCAACAGUGCCGCUCCAUACCCGGCCACUAGCGAUGUACCAGCUGCCUGUCACACCCAUGCGGACGGACUCGUUCAUUGCGAGUCUGACUAA